AUGAGCGAGGAACGAUAUCGGCUUGUCGUACUUGGCUCGGCCAAAGUUGGAAAAACGAAUCUGAUACGACGGUAUCUCUACAAUGAAUUCUCAGAAAAGUACAAGGAAACAAUUGAGGAUCUUCAUUCACGACAAUUCAGAAUACAGGGUGUCCCAUUACCACUGGAUAUUCUGGACACCAAUUUCAACUUCCCCGAUAUGCGGAAACUCUCCAUAGCCUCGGCUAGCGCAUUUUUACUGGUAUUCGCCGUAGAUGACGUGCCCAGUUUCAAAGAGAUUUUUGAGGCCACAGCUAAGGCUUUCACUAGCCGCCUGAGCGCUGAUGUGCGCUAUUUGGAAGUUUCAGCCAAGAAUAACUUCAGAGUCACUGAGAUUUUCCGGACGCUUCUUGAACUUAGCGGAUUUCCUCGCUGCAAGGCCGGAGGCGGUGGUCUCGAUGAUCCUGCGGACAGUCCGACGACGGACGAAUUGAACAAUGAGCAUCAAGCGCUUCGACGGGUGAAUACAGCUCGUGCACGCCCAUCAAACAAGGAAUCUCCACGAUCGACACCAGAGGAAUUAAAAAAUGGCCAUCCACCGGUUAUGGGUAAACAACUGACACUUCCGGCUCUUGCAACUCUGGCUAUUCCCAUGAAUGUUGGAGAACUCAAAAGAAAUCGUUCGUUACGAGUGUCUCCGAGGAAAGAGAAGGAAAAAGAGAAGCUGGAGAGAAGGCCAUCGGAUGAGACCUGCAAACUUAGUCGCAGUGCUAGCUUAAUCAGGAGAACGAAGCAUUUGUCACUAAGAAUGCGUCGACAUGGUGAAAGGGCCGGAGACGACGAGGCGGCUGUCGAUGAAAGUGACUGCAACAUACAAUAG